UCUACCAGUAUGUUAUCCAUCGGAUAAGCCUGGGUUUAGGGUUUAUGAGCGAGAAGCUCCCACUUCGGUCUCAACUUCAUCCUUGCUACAGCUUCCGAAAGGUUUUGAGUGAAACUCGAUAAUCCACAUUCCAGAUUCCGGAAUAUUACUUCGCUGGAAAAAAGAAACCGGGAUUCGGGUUUCGAGUUUGUGACCUCAGUCCUGAAUCUGUUCACAUUUUGAGCAGGCGACCAAGCAAGAACAGAUAAAGCUGAGGAGACCUUGCUUAAAAACCAGCCAUGGCGAGUCUGAUAACGAUUCCGUCUCUCCAUUCGUGUUUCACCAAGCCUACGAGAACAGAUAACCCGUUACGUACCAGAGCUCGGGCAAUGACGACAUGUAUGCAAAUGGAGAAGCCAUUGGAGGAGCUAUACAACGUAAGAGUGGAGAGGAAAGUGACGAAGAGACGGCUGGAAGAGCUCGAGGUUUCGAAAUGGUCGGUGUGGAAGACGGGGAAGUGCAGAUUGCCGUGGGACUGGCAGGUGGAUCAGCUGGUCUAUAUAGAGGAAGGAGAAGUUCGGGUUGUGCCCGAAGGAAGCAAGAAGUAUAUGCGGUUCCUGGCGGGAGAUCUUGUCCAUUACCCGAAAUGGUUCGAGGCCGAUCUCUUCUUCAACGCUCCGUACCGUGAACGGUACAGUUUUAGGGCAUACGGUGAUGAUUGAUAAACCUUGUUUUGUAACGUAUUGGUAGGAACGAACAUAUGUUAGUUUUGCACAAUGUUCAUCGGUACCACAUUGUCCAAGGUUCUAAGUAGGUGUUUGGGGUUCGAUUCGGUAUUUAUCCAAAUCGGUUUGAAAAUGAUUUCUAUUCAGCUU